GGUUAGGUUGUUAGAAAGUUAAUGGCUGGGGGAAAGAGAACCUCCUCAACCCUCGCUUCGGGAGAGUUUCUGGAUUCCCUGAAGUAAAAUCAAGCAAAUAUCUUCCAAGAAAGCGCCUGGACGGACGUUUAAGUUAACUACUAGCCCGUUAACACGCGUUUGGUGAACAUAAGUAUGCAGGAUGCAGUAGCCGGGACGGCAAUGCUGACGGACGGCUUCGAGGACGAGAUUGACUCGGUGACUCCUCGCUCCCCAGUGGCAGGGAUGGGGGUAGGAGCGACACCAGGAGUCGGACUUGGAAGCAUUGGGAUUGGUGUAAGUGGGAAGAAAGUGCGUUUGUACGGCGAACCUGGCGGAGCGGCCGCAGAAAGACUGGAUUUCAAACUAGCGGCCGCGGCCGUCCUCUCCUCGGGUCCGGGAUCCGGCAGCGACGAAGACGAGGUUUCCGAGGUGGAGUCGUUCAUUUUGGACCAGGAGGACCUGGACAACCCCAUUAUGAAGACGGCCUCAGAGCUGCUUUUGUCCAGUGCCACAGACGGAGUCGAUUUGAGGACCGUAGAUCCAGAGACACAAGCUCGACUUGAAGCGUUACUCGAAGCUGCAGGCAUCGGUAAACUCUCCACUGCCGAUGGUAAAGCUUUUGCAGACCCCGAGGUUCUACGUCGACUAACAUCGUCCGUGAGCUGCGCGCUGGACGAGGCAGCCGCCGCCCUGACCCGAAUGAGAGCUGAAAACACACUCAACGCCGGCCAAGCCGACAAUCUGGUUAUUUUCAGCCGUAGUUUAGCGGAAGCGUGUUCGGACGGGGACGUCAAUGCUGUGCGCAAAUUGUUGGACGAGGGACGAAGCGUCAAUGAACACACAGAAGAGGGGGAAAGCCUCCUGUGCCUCGCCUGCUCAGCUGGCUACUACGAACUUGCACAGGUUUUGUUGGCAAUGCAUGCCAAUGUGGAGGACCGGGGCAUCAAAGGGGACAUAACCCCAUUAAUGGCUGCCGCCAGCGGAGGUUACGUGGACAUCGUGAAACUGCUUUUGGUCCACGGGGCAGAUGUGAACGCACAGUCAUCUACAGGCAACACAGCUUUGACAUACGCGUGCGCGGGCGGCUUCGUGGAUGCGGUGAAGGUGCUGCUUAAAGAAGGUGCAAACAUCGAGGACCACAAUGAGAACGGACACACGCCCCUCAUGGAGGCAGCCAGCGCGGGGCACGUGGAGGUGGCCCGGGUUCUCCUGGAGUACGGCGCCGGCAUCAACACACACUCCAAUGAGUUUAAGGAGAGCGCGCUCACACUCGCCUGCUAUAAAGGUCACCUGGAUAUGGUUCGCUUUCUGCUGGAGGCCGGAGCAGACCAGGAGCAUAAAACAGAUGAGAUGCACACAGCGCUUAUGGAGGCUUGCAUGUCCCAGGACGGCCAUGUGGAGGUGGCGCGGCUGCUGUUGGACAGCGGCGCACAGGUCAACAUGCCAGCUGACUCAUUUGAGUCACCUCUCACCUUGGCUGCUUGUGGAGGACACGUUGAGCUCGCAGCGCUGCUCAUAGAGAGAGGCGCCAAUUUGGAGGAGGUUAAUGAUGAGGGCUACACUCCUCUGAUGGAGGCAGCAAGAGAAGGCCAUGAGGAGAUGGUAGCAUUGCUUCUGGCUCAAGGUGCUAACAUCAACGCGCAGACAGAGGAGACCCAGGAAACGGCAUUGACUCUAGCAUGCUGCGGAGGUUUCCUGGAGGUGGCCGACUUCCUUAUCAAAGCAGGAGCCGACAUCGAGCUGGGCUGCUCCACUCCUCUGAUGGAGGCUGCGCAGGAGGGCCAUCUGGAACUGGUGAAAUACCUGCUGGCUGCAGGAGCAAAUGUUCAUGCCACCACGGCAACAGGUGACACAGCUUUGACGUAUGCGUGUGAGAACGGACACACUGAUGUGGCAGAUGUGUUGCUUCAGGCUGGAGCCAAUCUGGAACAUGAGUCUGAAGGGGGGCGGACGCCUCUGAUGAAGGCUGCAAGGGCAGGACAUCUGUGCACAGUGCAGUUUCUUAUCAGCAAAGGUGCUAAUGUGAACAGAGCUACUGCCAACAAUGAUCACACCGUGGUGUCCCUGGCCUGUGCUGGAGGGCAUCUGGCGGUGGUGGAGUUGCUGUUGGCGCACGGAGCAGAUCCCACACACAGACUCAAAGAUGGUUCCACCAUGUUGAUAGAAGCUGCUAAAGGUGGCCACACUAACGUCGUGUCCUACCUGUUGGACUACCCCAACAACAUUCUAUCUGUCCCGGCCCCUGACCUUUCCCAGCUCACCCCCCCAUCACAAGAUGCUUCUCAGGUUCCUCGUGUUCCAUUCCAAGCUCUCGGUAUGGUAGUGCCCCCCCAAGAGCCCGACAGAGCCCCAUCAAACAUCGCUACAUCCCCACCCGUCUCCAACAAAGCCGUGUCCAAACAGAGACCAGCAGCCAUUCAGCCAGGUGUCCCCAGCACGGUCGGCCGUGGGCCUGAAGCAGAACCUUUGCCGCCCUUCCACUUGUGUCCGCCGUUGGAGUGCAUAGUGGAGGAGACGGAGGGAAAGCUGAACGAACUGGGUCAGAGAAUAAGCGCCAUUGAGAAGGCUCAGCUACAGUCGCUGGAGCUCAUUCAGGGGGAGCCACUCACCAAAGACAAGAUUGAGGAGCUGAAGAAAAGCAGAGAAGAACAGGUACAGAAGAAGAAGAAAAUCUUGAAGGAGCUUCAGAAGGUGGAGCGCCAGCUGCAGCUAAAAACCCAGCAACAGUUCACCAAAGAGUACAUGGAGGCAAAGGGCUUAAAGGAAGAUCUGGAGGCGGGGCAAAGUCAGGGUCCGGGUCCAGGGCCUGGGAGUACAGCUACCGCGCCGGGACAGCUUCCUUCCCCACCGGGUGGUCCCCUACCCAGCGCCGCUAAAAUAUACGAAGACGCUAGCACAGAGGGGGAGCAGGAGCAGUCGCCAGGGGACGAGGGGGAAGAGGAUGAGGAUUACGAUGACGAAGAUGAGGGCUCAGAAGACGACGCGGACGGAGAAGAGGACGAGUACCCCAAGCUUCCUCAGGUGGGCACAAUCCUCUACAGGGACGGGCCUCAGCAGCCUCCUCUUCCUCCUUCGCCUCAGAGCCAACCUCAGCCGCCCCCUCCUCCUCUUCAGCCCGCCUUCGCUCCUAUCCAACCCCUGCCGGACUACAACCCUGCAGACUACCCUGGAAGCACGAGCCCAGAGCUGGAGAGGGUGCUGGUGGGGCAGCAGAUGUUGGGGCAGCAACAAGGUCAGGGCCCCCAGCUGGCUGCUUUAGGCCCUGGAAUGAUACCCCAGCCGGCUCCAGAUGGGCUCAUGGUGGCGACACCUGCACAGACGCUCACAGACACACUGAAUGAUAUCAUGGAAGCUGGGGGAAACCGCGUGCCCAUGUUACCCACUACAACCUCACCCACACCCUUGUCCCAGCCGCCCACGCAGACCAACCCAAACAUCGCCUCUCCCCCCUCCGUCUUACCCCUCUACCCGUCGGUCGACAUCGAUGCACACACGGAGAGCAACCACGAUACAGCCCUGACGCUAGCAUGUGCAGGAGGACACGAGGAGCUCGUGUCGGUCCUGAUUGCACGGGGAGCCAACAUUGAGCACCGGGACAAAAAAGGUUUCACCCCUUUGAUCCUCGCUGCCACUGCUGGUCAUGUAGGAGUGGUGGAGGUGCUCCUAGACAAAGGUGGAGACAUCGAGGCUCAGUCAGAGAGAACCAAAGACACGCCCCUCUCCUUAGCAUGUUCAGGAGGCCGACAGGAGGUUGUUGAGUUGCUGCUGCUGCGGGGAGCCAAUAAGGAGCACCGCAACGUUUCAGACUACACGCCUCUUAGCUUGGCUGCUUCAGGGGGUUAUGUCAAUAUCAUCAAGAUACUCCUGAAUGCUGGUGCUGAGAUAAACUCCAGGACUGGCAGUAAGCUGGGAAUCUCUCCUCUGAUGCUGGCGGCUAUGAACGGUCACGUGCCAGCAGUGAAGCUCCUGUUAGAUAUGGGCUCAGACAUCAACGCCCAGAUCGAGACCAACAGAAACACUGCUCUGACCUUAGCCUGCUUUCAGGGGCGAGCUGAGGUCGUCAGUCUGCUGCUAGAUCGCAAGGCUAACGUAGAGCACCGAGCUAAGACUGGACUGACUCCGUUGAUGGAGGCAGCCUCAGGGGGUUAUGCAGAGGUGGGCCGAGUUCUGUUGGAUAAAGGUGCUGAUGUCAACGCUCCUCCUGUUCCUUCCUCACGAGACACCGCCCUCACCAUUGCUGCCGACAAGGGUCACUACAAGUUCUGUGAGCUACUCAUUAACAGGGGGGCUCAUAUUGAUGUACGAAACAAGAAAGGGAACACUCCCCUCUGGCUGGCAGCGAACGGUGGUCACUUUGAUGUGGUCCAGCUCCUGGUGCACGCAAGCGCUGAUGUGGAUGCUGCAGACAACCGUAAAAUCACCCCACUCAUGGCCGCCUUCCGCAAGGGUCAUGUGAAGGUGGUGCAGUAUCUUGUGAAGGAGGUCAACCAGUUUCCAUCAGACAUUGAGUGCAUGAGAUAUAUUGCCACCAUCGCUGACAAGGAGCUGUUGAAGAAGUGUCACCAGUGUAUGGAAACCAUCGUUAAAGCGAAAGACCAGCAGGCAGCAGAGGCCAAUAAGAACGCUAGCAUUCUCCUGAAGGAGUUGGACUUGGAGAAGUCUCGGGAGGAGAGCAAAAAGCAGGCGCUGGCUGCCAAGAGGGAGAGGAGGAAGGAGAAGCGCAAGAAGAAGAAGGAGGAACAAAAGAGGAAGCAGGAGGAAGAGGAAGGACACAAAACCAAGGAGGAGUCUUCUGAGAUGCUGGAGCAGAAAGAGGAUUCAUCUGAGGAAAAAGAAGUCCCCAUUGAGCCCCCAAGUGCAACCACAACCACCACCAUUGGUAUCUCUGCCACCUCCACCACCUUCUCCACAGCUUUUGGUAAGAAGCGAGCAAGUGUGGCCACUACCCCAAACACCAACCGGAAGAAUAAAAAGAACAAGACCAAGGAUUCAGCGCCCAAUGAGCCUAUCAUAUUACAAGAUCCACAGGUUGCUCUUGCACAGCACAAGGCUGACAAGAACAAGAUCCACGGUGAGCCACGGGGUGGGGGCGGGGGAGUCACAGGUGGCAACAGCGAUUCAGACCCCCUGGAUAGCACCGACUGUGCCAGUGAGAGCAGCAGCAGCGGGGGGAAGAGUCAAGAGCUCAACUACCUCCCUGACCUCACCUCAUCCGCCUCCUCCUCCUCCUCUUCCUCCUCUUCUUCCUCCUCCUCCUCAGCCCCCUCCUCAGGAGCAACCCAGUCCCAGGCCCUCAUGCCCGGCCCAGAGAAGAGGCACUGUCCUCAGCCGUCGACAGACACUAAGGUGGACAACAAGGUCACAGUCUCCAUCUCGAAGCCAACUCAGAGAGCACCGGAUGCAAGCGACUCGUCCUCCAACUCCCUGCCUUCCCCGUUUAAGACCAUGGCUCUUCCGAUAACCUCUCCUAACAGUAAACUCAGCCUCACGAGUCCAAAAAGGGGCCAGAAAAGAGAAGAAGGCUGGAAAGAGGUGGUCAGAAGAUCAAAGAAGCUUUCUGUACCCGCCUCCGUUGUGUCCCGGAUCAUGGGUCGGGGGGGCUGUAACAUCACGGCCAUCCAGGAUGUGACAGGAGCUCACAUCGACGUGGACAAACAGAAGGACAAAAACGGAGAGAGGUUGAUCACAAUCAGAGGCGGCACAGAAUCCACUCGGUAUGCGGUCCAGCUGAUCAACGCUCUGAUCCAGGACCCGGCCAAAGAACUCGAGGACUUGAUCCCUCGGAAUCACAUAAGAGCCCCGGGCUCUAAAGCCGGCUUGCCCUCUUUCCCCAGUACCACGGGGCCCAGCGGUGGUUCUACUGCAGGCCCCAAGCCUCUGAGCUCGUUGGUCACUUCUUCAGGGGUCGUGUUCCAACCUCCAUCAUCUUCAUCGUCGUCCUCCUCCUCUCAGGCCGGAGGGAAAAUGGGGAAGGGCCUGCCUUCAAACGUCCGGCAGCCUUUCCCUGUAUCCCUGCCCCUGGCGUACGCUCACCCCCAGCUGGCGCUGCUAGCCGCUCAGACCAUGCACCAGAUCAGACACCCCCGUCUGCCCAUGGCUCAGUUCGGGGGCACCUUCUCUCCAGCUGCCAGCACCUGGGGACCCUUUCCAGUGCGCCCUGUGAGUCCCGGCAGCGCUAACAGCUCCCCGAAACACAACGGAGGAGCCAGCAACCCCGGGGCCCAAGCUAAGCCCUCCUCUGCCCACGGUGAGCACAGCAGCACAGCCAGCUCAGGGACUCCAGUCACCACCACCAACACCAUGACCACCAGUGCGCCCAAUACAUCCGUAGCCGCAUCCUCGCCUCACACCCCGACUCCAUACAACCCCCAACCCAGCAUCCCCACCCCUUCGUCUGUCAGGAAGCAGCUGUUCGCUCCAGACCCCAAGCCGGCGGGCGUCACGCCUGUAUCUAACGCAGCCGCCACCAGUGUCGGUAACGCAGUGAGAGGCACGGCUUCCACUGCACAUCCCACUUCCACUACGACGACGGCUAACGCCUCCCAGCAGCAGGGCGGACCCAUUUCCCAGCCUCCCAUCCAGCCCGCUAAAACGGAGCCCGCUCUUGCCGCCGCUGGAAAAGAGAAGCCCACCGUUCCUGAGAAUCAGCCUGUAUCCGUCAGCGACGCCAUCAACUCUGUGGGUUUCCCUUCUCCCGCUUUAGCGUUAGGUACCAAGGCAGAACCUCGACAGCAGUUACCUCCGCCGGCUUCUUCCGUACCUUCCACAGAGGCGCACCCAGCGCUCCACAGCUCGCAGGCCGGCUCCUGCCUUCCAGGAUCGUCUCCCGCUCACUCACACAACGUCGCACAUCCAAACAACACUGUCCCCCACUUCUCCGCUCCCGCACCCAGAGUCUCCCAUCGUAUGCAGCCACCGGGGCCUUACUACUCCCUUCCUGAGCAACAGCAGUCACAACAACAACAGCAGCAGUUUGUACCUUUCAGCGUUCAGCAGGAGAUACCAAAACAAUCCCAAAGCCACACGUCCCAGCCGGCAAACCUCCCCCCUCCGCCCCACAGUCAGGGCCAGGCGCCUGGCUCCCUCCAGGCCUCGGCUAAUCUGGGGAUCAUGAACGGUUCCCAGAUGCAGCACAUCGCCGGUACAGGCAAGGCUCAGCAGAUCCCGCCCAACAUCAGCCAUGUAGGUCUCUUCAAUUUCAGCAGCAUCUUUGACAACAGCAGCCAGCAGGUGGGAAACAGUGCAAUGUGGGGUGCAUGCCACUUGCCGACGCGUUCACCUCCAGAGCAGUCGUAUUCAGCGCCGCCGGCCUACAUGAACAUGGGUCAGAUGGAGAACAUGAUGCCCCCGCCUCCCACAGAGAGCUCCAAAGCCCCCGGCUACCGAUCGGCCUCCCAGAGGAUGGUCAACAGUCCCAUCGCGCUGACCAGCUUUGCCACCAGUAUCUCUGGCAGCCCCGUGUAUCUGCAUGGUCACGCAGGGGUCGGCGCGCCCUCAUUCAGCAGACAGCACUUUUCCCCUCACCCAUGGAGCGCAUCCACAUCAGGUGAAUCCCCAGUCCCACCUCCUCCCACGGUAUCCUCCACCGCCCUCUCCACCUCAGCCAUGGCUCCCCCUCCCCAGCCUAAACAAGGCAGCUCCUCCCAGCAGGACAGAAAGGUCCCCCCUCCCAUCGGCACCGAGCGGCUGGCCAGGAUCAGGCAGACGGGUUCGGUCAACCCAUCGCUUCUCACCACCAGCUACACAGCUUCUGUCGGACAGGGCGGCAUCUGGUCGUUUGGAGUCGGCAGCGCCUCGGAAGCCAUGUCUGGUUGGUCCCAGCCUCUGAUGAACAGCCACAUGAUGCACCCCCAGCUGCAGGCCGAGCAGUCGGCCUUCUCCCAGCACCAGCCCAUGGAGCAGGACGACACCGGCAUUGCUAACCCGGCUAACAGCUACCACCAGCCUCAGCAUUUGCCCAACAGUUACAUGGACUUCCAGAAGGGGAUGCCUGUGUCAAUGUACGGAGGAACCAUGCUGACCCCCCACCCUCCCAUGGCAGAAGGCCCGGGGGGUCCGAUGUACAACGGCAUGCACGCAGGCGACCCCGCAUGGAACCCCAUCAUUAAAGUGGUCCCCAACAACGCAGACAACUCCGACCCACAGCAGCAGGUUUGGCCUGGUACCUGGGCUCCUCAUGUGGGCAACGUGCACCUGAACCACGUCAACUAAGCGGCAUCCACAGAAGUUAAAUGCACACAGCAUGACCCACUGUGCAAACGUGAUACCAUAAGACAGAAGAGACAUGGCGAGAAAAAAAUAAAAAUUCAAGUCCCAACAUAGUAACUUUAGAGGCCUGAAGGUGCAGAGCAGGGGUUGAAGAAACGGAAGUUCUCUUUGACGCCAUUCUUUGAUGUGCCUAUCUCAAACAUGGAAGAGAGGAAAUCGGGGCAUCAUUCACGUGAUGAUACAGUUGUUCGAGUUCACCUGUUCAACAGGAUCUAUUCUCUGCGUAGUUUAGCGAUUUUGACUUAAACCCACAUACACCGUUCUUGGGCUGCAGGGGGCUCAAAAUGAAGUAGCUAUUUAAACUUGGCCCAGAACUAGCUGAUGAUGAUGAUGAUUACCUAAAGAGAAAUCAGAACCUUUUAGAGUGGUAAAUACAUGUAUAAUUGUUUACAUACUAAAAAGGGUUAAAAUGAGAGUAAAUUUCAUGUCGUAUAGUGGCUCUACUUUAUGUAGCCUGUAUUAAUGUGAAAUAUUUACCUUAAUAUUCAAU